AUGAAGUUCUCCAUCGCCGCUAUCACCCUCGCUGCCGUUGCCAUCGCCUCUCCCACUGAGAUGGAGGCCCGCACCGGCGGCGGCAGCCCUCCCUCCGGCGGCGUCUGCAACGUCAACGGCAACAACAACGGCAAGGUAGUCUGCUGCAACUCUGCCAUUCCCAUUAUCGGCCAGCUUCUCUGCAACGUCCUUGCCAUUGGUAGCACUUGCACUGUCAACCAGUCGAGCUACUGCUGCAAGACCAGCGCCAACGGCGGUCUCAUCAAUGUCAGCCUUCUCAACUGCGUCAGCCUCUAA